AUGCCAGUUCCAGAAGGAACAACAGUCCACCACGCGCGUCGCGAAGACGUCCCUACAAUCCUCCGCAUGAUCCAAGAACUAGCAGCCUACGAAAAAGAAUCCUCCUCCGUCGAAGCCACGCUCGAAUCCCUGCACAACACCAUAGCAUUCGCGCCCUCCCCCAGCACCCCUCCAACCGCACCCGGCGAUUCCAUCUCGCCCACGCGCCCCGCGCGCGCGCUAUUACUAUUCACGCCCUCGGGAGAAGCUGCGGGCCUGGCGUUGUAUUUUUAUAACUAUAGCACCUGGCGCGCGAAGGCGGGGAUAUAUCUAGAGGAUCUGUAUGUAAGGGAGAACGAGAGGGGUCAUGGGUAUGGACAGCGGCUGUUGGGGGAGCUAGCGAAGGAGGUUGUGGGGAUGGAAGGGGGAAGGUUGGAGUGGAGUGUGUUGAAGUGGAAUGAGCCGAGUAUUAGGUUUUAUGAGGGGCCUAGUGUGGGGGCGACGCGCAUGGAGGGGUGGGUGGGGAUGAGGGUUGAUGGGGAGGCUUUGGGGAGGCUGGCUGGGAGGGCUGUUUGA